AGCUGAGUGCGAGCACUGGGGCAGGAACUUUUUUGUGUCAAGUAUAAAUAGGUUCUGUGUUUACAGUUAGCUAGAUAGAGCUCUUUGUUGUUGCUUCAAAUUUUGGGACAAAAUGUGCGGACUGAGCAACAGCUUAUUUUCUGUCACUUAAUUCCUUCAGGAAAGUUAUUUCAAACUAUAUCCAAACACCCUUUUUUUGCCAGAAGACACUUUUUCUUUCCUUUUUUUUUUUUAGAUUUACCACCCGAAAGCGUCCUUUGGAAACCUUACUAAGCUAUCUUGAGGAUCCGAGGUUUCCAUUGAAGGCUGCAGUCAUGGUGUUGAUUCUGGGCAGACGGAUGAACAGGGAGGACACUGGUAUCAGAGACUCACCAGCUGUCAAACGCAAGGUAUUUGAGGUUGACUCCAAGACCAUAGCGAGCCAGGAUGUGUUGGACUUCUGCUCUGGCUCCUCCCACUCCGAUGGCAUCCUGCAGGUGUUCAAUGAGUUCCGCGACUGCCGCUUGUUCACAGACGUGGUGAUCAGCGUUCAGGGGCGCGAGUUCCCUUGCCACCGCGCCGUGCUGUCCGCCUGCUCUUCUUACUUCAGAGCCAUGUUCUGCAAUGAUCACAGAGAGAGCCGCGAGAUGCUGGUGGAAAUCAACGGCAUUCUGUCCGAAGCCAUGGACUCUUUCCUCACCUACGUUUACACCGGCCGCGCAAAGAUCACCACAGAGAACGUCCAGUUCCUCUUUGAGACCUCCAAUCUCUUCCAGAUCGCAACUUUGCGAGAUGCCUGUGCAAAGUUCCUAGAGGACCAGCUGGAUCCGUGCAACUGCUUGGGCAUCCAGCGCUUUGCCGACGCUCACUCCCUCAAGCAGCUGGCCAGCCGCUGCCGUAUUUACGCCCUCGCUAACUUCUCCGAGGUGGCUCAGCACGAGGAGUUCCUGGACCUACGCAAGGAGGAGCUGGAAGAGUACAUCGACAGCGACGAGCUAUCCGUCGGUAAGGAGGAAAUGGUGUUUGAGGCGGUGAUGCGUUGGGUGUACAGCAGUGUGGAGCAGAGGAAGCCCAUGCUGAAAGCGCUGCUGCACCACGUCCGCCUUCCGCUUUUGCACCCCAACUACUUCGUCCAGACUGUGGAGGGCGACCAGCUCAUUCAGAACGCUCCAGAGUGCUACCAUCUACUCCAUGAGGCCAGACGCUAUCAUGUCCUGGGAAAUGAGAUGAUGUCACCCAGAACUCAACCACGCAGGUCGACUGGCUACUCUGAGGUGAUAGUGGUGGUAGGCGGCUGUGAACGGAUAGGAGGCUUCAAUUUGCCCUACACAGAGUGUUACGAUCCAGUUACAGGCGAAUGGAAGUCACUGGCCAAACUGCCCGAGUUUACCAAGUCUGAGUACGCUGUGUGCGCCCUCCGCAAUGACAUCCUGGUGUCAGGCGGUCGCAUCAACAGCAGGGACGUGUGGAUGUACAACUCCCAACUCAACCUGUGGAUCAGAGUGGCUUCUUUAAACAAAGGACGGUGGAGACACAAGAUGGGCGUCCUGUUGGGCAAGGUCUACGCCGUGGGUGGCUACGAUGGCCAAAGCCGCCUUAGCAGCGUAGAGUGUUACGACUCCUUCUCAAACCGCUGGACAGAGGUGGCACCCUUGAAAGAGGCGGUCAGCUCUCCGGCCGUGGCCAGCUGUGUCGGCAAGCUCUAUGUCAUAGGAGGAGGGCCCGACGACAACACCUGCUCUGACAAGGUCCAAUGCUACGAUCCGGAGUCGGACACUUGGUUGUUACGAGCCAACAUCCCAAUCGCCAGGCGCUGCAUCACCGCCGUUUCUCUCAACAAUCUCAUCUACGUCUGCGGCGGUCUCACCAAGUCCGUAUUCUGCUACGACCCGGCGGAGGAUUACUGGAUGCAUGUGGUGCACACGUUCGCCAAACAGGAGAGCUGCGGCAUGUCCGUGUGUAACGGUAAGAUAUUCAUCCUUGGCGGCCGGGGCGAAAAUGGCGAAGCCACGGACACAAUCAUUUGUUACGACCCGGCAACGGGCAUCAUCACAGGAGUGGCAGCGAUGCCGCGAUGCAUCUCCUACCAUGGCUGUGUAACCAUCCAUCGCUUCAAUGACAAGUACCAUAGGCCAUGACCAUAAGACACACUUACACUUCAUCACAUCACACGCUCAUCAUUCACUUAAUUUAUUUCCUCACAGUGUCAUGUAGCAUUGCGCUGCUAUGAACCUUUAGCUAUUAUAGUCGCUCUGUAUGUAAUCAUAUUAGUGGCCACAAUGGCAUCAUAAUGUUCACAUUAAUAGCCUCAGAAAAGUCCAAAGAAAAGUCAAGUUUAUUGUUUGCACCCGUGUUUUAUGUUGAAGAGUAACGUUUGUUCAUAACCCCACUAAUUGACAUCACUCCACAGGAACAAUCAACUUCAAUGUUUAAGAAAUUGAUACAUUAACAUUAUUAGAAUAUUGAGCAAAGCUAUUGAAAGUAUGUAACCUUAACAAUAACAAAUACAAUAAAAUACAGUACAGGCCAAAAGUUUGGACACACCUUCUCAUUCAAUGUGUUUUUUUUAUUUUCAUGACUAUUUACAUUGUUGAUUGUCACUGAAGGCAUCAAAACUAUGAAUGAACACAUGUGGAGUUAUAUACUUUACCAAAAAGGUGAAAUAUCUGAAAACAUGUUUUAUAUUCUAUCCGUCCGUUCAUCCAUCCAUUUUCUACCGUUUGUCCCUUUUGGGGUCACGGGGGGUGCUGGAGCCCAUCUCAACUGGAUUUAGGCGGAAGGCGGCGUACACCCUGGACAAGUCGCAACCUCAUCGCAGGGCCAACACAGAUAGACCGACAACAUUCACACUCACAUUCACACACUAGGGACCAUUUUUUUUUAGUGUUGCCAAUCAACUUAUCCCCAGGUGCAUGUUUUAUAUUCUAGUUUCUUCAAAAUAGCCACCGUUUGUUCUGAUUACUGCUUUGCACACGCUUUGCAUUCUCUCGAUGAGCUUCAAUAGGUAUUUUCCAACAGUCUUGAAGGAGUUAGCUCAUCGAGAGAAUGCCAAGGGUGUGCAAAGCCGUAAUCAGAGCAAAGGGUGGCUAUUUUGAAGAAAAUAGAAUAUAAAACAUGUUUUCAGUUAUUUAAUCUUUUUUUAGUGCAUAACUCCACGUGUUCAUUCAGAGUUUUGAUGUGACAAUCUACAAUGUAAAUAGUCAUGAAAAUAAAGAUUGAAUGAGAAGGUGUGUCCAAACUUUUGGCCUGGACUGUAUGUCGAUACAAUUCAAAACUAAUAAUUUUUUUAUGUCGAUGUACUGUGAAAUUUUAAUGAAAUACACAUCAAAAAUCUUAAUAAAAAAAAAGUGAAAGACAUAUUAUUUUUGAAAUUUUUUUGAAAAUAUAUUUUUGAUACUUAAAAAUGGCUGAUGAACAAAAAUAAUGAUUUGAUGCAAUAAAUACAAAGUAAUCAAAAUUAAAUGAAAAUGCAAUACAAAUACACUGCAACAAAAGUAAAGGGUAGACACUUAUUAAUAAUAUUUAUAAUAAGUUUUUUUAUAACACUGAAGAGUAAAAACCAACUUUGUAAAUAAGACAACAACCGUUCUGUUUGCAGUGCAUGCUUACAUGCAUAAUCAUGAAAAGUAGAAAAAAAGAUCAACAAUGUGGAAAUAUUGUUCCGUUAAUGUGAGAAAAGAAAAAGUCACAGACGAUAGCCGUUGUUAUCACUCCUUCUUCCCUUUUUAGAUAUUCUUUUCUCUUUUGCUACUUAAGAUAUUGUUCUGCGUUAUUAUUCAUAUUAAGCUCAUUAUUACUGGUAUUUUUUAAUUAAGGUAUGUGUUUUUCUCCAGUUGUAUUAGGUAUGUACACUUAGUAGAUCUAGUCAUUGUUUCAUAGUGUAGCUGGGUAUGAGGGUUGUUUUAUUACAUUUAAUAAGAUCAUGUGUGUUUGAGCCUGUAAAUACAGUAUAAUUGUUGUGUUAGUGUAACGUACGUUUGGACGAAUUAGGCCACGUCUUGUUAACACUUCCCUAAGGCUGGCACCUUUUGACUCGGGCACUUGCAUUUAAAAACAUAACUCGGGGUAACCGUGGAUACCUCCAUAUGGGUUUACUAGCUAGCCACGGCAAUGUGGGAAGCAGUGCUAAGAAUGGAUGGGCAAGCAAUUAGGUAUGUUUUAAAUACAGAAUAUAAACUAAUUGGGUUAUAUUUCAAAAAUAUUUUUUUUAUUGAGUUUUUUAAUCCAAAAAUAUUCGAAACAAGAAGGGAGGGGCAAGAAACCAGGCAUGUUUUAAAUAUAGAAUAUAAAUUAAUUGGGUUAUUUUUCUAUAAUAUAAGUUUAAUUUAGUUUUGAAUCAGUUUUUCUGAGCCAACAAAAUAUAUGAAAGAAGAAUGGAUGGGCAAUAAAUUAGCUAUAUAAUAAAUGUACAUUAUAAAUUAAUUAGGUAAUGUUUUUAUAAAAUAAUAUAUUUAAGUAUUUAAGUUUAAAUUUGAGGGGGGGGGGUGUUUAGGAAAAAUGUUCGAAAGUAAAAGGGAGGGGCGAGAAAUUGGGUAAGUUUUAAUUUAAAAAUAAAAAUAAUUGGGCUAUUUGUAAUUGAGGUCAAAUUUAAGUUUUAUUUGUAUUUAAGAAUAUCAAAAAGUUUUUUAGGAUCCCAAAAAUAUUUUCCUAAAUGUUCUGAACUCUUGUUUCCAUGCCAAAAAUUGAAAAUUGUAAUUUUCCUUAAGGAACUCUCCUGACGGAAUAAAUAAAGUACUAUCUAAUCUAAUCUAAAAACAAACACCUUAAGUGGAGGUUUUUGUGGGUGGAGCGCAACUUCCCAUCAUGGUGUUGGAAUGAAUUGAGACUGAAUCAACAGCGCCUCUGAUGGUUACAGCCAGUACUGCGCUCUGUUUUGAUUGAAACGCUUGAAGACAGGAUUAAUCAACAAUCAAAUUCACUCAGUUAACUAAUUAAUAUGCCCAUCCCAAUAGUUGUAAAUGGCGUACAGUGAACGGUGUGGUUUAAGGUCAGUAAACGUUUUUACAAUAGUGUUGAUAGGCAAGACAUUGCUGUGAACUUAUUUUUGUUUUUCUUAUAUUUAAAUGUAUCUUCAUUGUUGCAUAUUGUGUUUUUAUUGUGUGUAACAGAGCCCCAAUAAUGCACUUUGAUAGAGUAGAUGAUCGUAAACAGUAGUUCUUUUUUGUUUUUUACUGUAUCAGUAAAUGUUAUUUGGAAUUGUGUCUUGUUGCAAAAGCCCCGUGACAGCGCCUCCUGUUGACCGCAAUCUGCUAUGGCUAAUCACAAGACCAACAACAACAGAACAAAGUUGACACGGCCGAAAACACAUCAUCCUCACACAGGAGGCCAGCGAGGAGGCAACAAAGUAGUAAAGUAGCGAGAACGGCAAUAACUUUUGCAAGAAUGAAACGUUAUGUUUGUGUGUGUCUGGGAUUUCACUGAAAAUUUACUCAACUAUGUCCUCCAUUGUUUUUUUUCUAAAUUUGAUUAUUUUCUAUUUAGACUUUCAUACAUGCUUUAAGAAGAUUUACAUUACUUUUUUUGCAUUUGUGUGUUUUACUUUUUGUGUAGGGUGGUGUGUCACUCUUUUUACACAGCGUGCAAAAAGAUAUCAUUGGGAUUUUAAGGCAGUAAGAAACCAACAUGGGUGGAUUUGACGCUAAUGGGAUUGUGUUUGAUAAGUGUACCUUUUUAAAGAAUAAACCAGCAGGGGAAUAUUGAUGAUUUUUUAAAAAUAUGACCCAAUAAUUAGUUACUACACUUUGUAUGUACGAUGUGCUGUUUUUAAGAUGUUUGUAAGUGUUUAACUUGUAUACAACAAACAUCAAUAAACGUUUUUCUUUCUGUACCAAA